UCAGGUUCUGGGAAAGGGCCAGAUUGCAUCAGACAGAGCCUGAAGAGGACACGUGGCCCUAUAAGUCGGGCUGGUGACCAGGGAGGUGUGGAGAAACCAGACACAAACAGAGCUUUCGAAGACGACAGAGAGAGAGAGAGAGAGAGUCCGGUAUGAAGGCCAGUUUCCCGAGAGCAGCCAGCCCAGCCCAACAGCCUGGAGGCCCAGAGGAUGGAGACCCCAGCCUGGAUGAGUACGAGCUCUAUGGCCUAUCUCACUCCUACAUGGGAGCAGGAGGCCGGAAAGGUCGCACCAAGAGAGAAGCUGCCGCCAACACCAACCGCCCCAGCCCUGGAGGCCAUGAGAGGAAGCUGGUGACCAAGCUCCAGAAUACGGAGAGGAAAAGACGAGGGGCACGGUCCUGAGACAGAGCUGGAAGUGAGGCCGGAGCACACAGCCAUGGAGACAGGACCACGGAGAAUCGGAGCAUCAGAGAAUUGGUAUCUGGGGUGGGGCCCAGGCCUGCUUGUCCCCCCACCACCCCACCCCCGGACUUACCCUACCUGACUGAGGCUCCGAGGGGCCACCAAGGAAGUGCCCCCAGUCCCAGCAAAAGGACAAGAUAGGGAGCAAGAGGCAGGGAAUGGAGGGGCAGUCGCCAAAAAAAAAAAAAAAAAAAGCCCC